AUGCUGAAGUUCAAUGUGCCUGCCUUUAGAUGGCUUCUCAAGUCCACGACGGGAAAGAGCGUGAAUCGCGGCGCGCGAGACCCACAGGAGCACUGGGUACCUUCGGUCUUUGCGGGUCAGCAGGCCGCGCGAAGUGCGACUCAAGACACCUUGUACGGGAGCGCAGGACAGCAGGACUCCGUAGGGGAAGGCUCGGGACGGGAGGACUCUGGACGGGAGGGCUGCGGACGGGUGGGCUCUGGACGGGAGGGCUCCGGACGGGAGGGCUCGGUAAAGGAGAGAUCGACGGGUGAUGCUGCCGAAGGCGAUGUUGCCGAAGGCGAUGCUGCCGACGGCGAGAACGGGCCGCCACGGCCGACUCACCCGGCGGAAGAGGCGCCGGGGUUAACCACAGAAGGAGCCGAGAGCGGAAUGUUGGACGAGGCGGGAUUUCUCCGGUUUGUUUGGCAAAACGAGAAAGUCGACUCGGACGACCUGGACUUCACUAGGCUGUACAACCUGUCUUACGACUGGGACUGGGAUUCAGAGCAAGUCGGCAGCCUGGACGAUCCGGCGGACUUCGUUUGCAGUACCUCGCCGCGCCGGAAGGUUGCUGACACUGACGCUGUUGGGGAUCCUGGGGGGAAUCGGGUGGCGGACCCAGAUAUAGUUGUGGAUUACUAUGGGGGUGUGGGUGACUACGUGAGCACAGAGGAGUCGUACGUGGUUGAGCUUCGUACCCCGUUUGAGUGGUACCCUGAAGUUCGUUACGUGGAUAUAGAUAAUUUUAGAGUGUACCAGAUGAACGCAGAGGAUUUCCGACAACUCACUUGUGUGGACCAGGCAUCCAACUGGUCCUUCCACGUGUCGGAGUACGAGUGGUGCAGUGACCUCUCUAUUGUGCCUGGCGAAGGACGGCAAGUGGUAUUUAUGGAGCCGGUGGAGAAGCAAUGGAUCACCUACAUAAACAUCACGGGCACGAAAUGGUCGGCUGCGACGAGGUCGGGGACGAUUGCGACCGAGUCGACUGCGGCCGGGUCGGCUGCAACCGAGUCGACUGCGACCGGGUCGGCUGCAACCGAGUCGACGGCGACCGAUUCGGCUGCAACCGAUUCGGAGGCGACGAGUGGUGGACCGCGGGGUAGAUCCAAAGAUGGCAGCAGUGGGGGAGGUUGUCAGCAUAAGAAGGCCGCUUUCAACGGCCGGACGAGCUACUACGACCACCGCUUGGAGACGGACACGAUAUCGUUUCACCCGAUUCAAUUUUCGGGUGGUUUGGGAACAACGAGUGCUCUGAUAGUAGGUCGUUCGAGCGUAUUGGAACCGGACAAGUUCUUUGGCGUGGAAUUGUUGUACCUAUGUUACAGUGUGACGGGGGAUCCGGUUGUGAACGGUCAGUCAAUGGUGAUCGAUUUAGAGACUCGGAAGCCGUUGUCGAUUCCAGGCGGUGCGCGAUUUCUACAGUCGUGGAACCAAACCGACACUCGAGACGGAAGUGUCCGCCGUAUGCUGGCGUUUGUGGCGCGAUGUCGCGCCUCGAGGAACGUAAACUCUGUAGUCAUUGGCGAGUUGCUACCCGGCCCCGUGAUGCCUCUGUCGACGUGCGAGAACAGUUACAUGCCGGUGCGCACUUUUCUUUUUGCCAAGUUGCGCGAAAUUCCACUCACCGUCGGUUGCGAAAGACCCACCUACAAAUGCCGGGUCCUUUGUCGAACACCCAAAGAAUUCAGUGUCAGGAUCACACACCACGGAAUAGACCCCGUCCAAUAUGUUCCAAAUGACGGGACCUUUUACCUCAUCACUCUAGUUGUUUGCGAAAAUGUGAUCCGAUUCGACCGACUACAAGUCCCUUUCAGCGACGUCGUCGUCGUACCCGCUGACGAUGAAGAGAUUAUUACGGAUGAAGAGAUUAUUACGGAAGAAGAGAUUAUUACGGAAGAAGACGUGGCCGCGGAGACGGCCGCCGCAAAGCGCCGUAUGAGGGGGUACGUUCGAAAGGAUCGUGAGUGGGACUCUCUUGCGCGUUAUAUAUCGCUCAAGAGCAUCGAUCAGUCAUUGCGAAUGCAGUUUGAGAAUUACGACGAGAUGGGCGAGGAGCCGGUGGCGGUGGACGGGCUGUGGCACUCGCAGACAGCUAGCCUACCCUUUGCGGGAUUCUCUACAUCUCCGUACCGGGAGUACUGCGGGUAUUCGGACCGACAGGUGUUAUGGGAUUUGGACCUCAAGAAAUUUUUGCAAACGCGCGCGUGUUUGCGCCACUGGUUGAAUGCUUCCUUCCGGCGCCCAAACCAGCUCUACAAACUGGGUCCUGGCACCAUUGUAGCACCGGUGAAGGCUUUCGGUAUCUACAUGUCCAAUGUGUCUUGCCACUAUUGUUCGCCGGAGACUCACCCGGUCCUGAAAAUCCCAAGGGCAAGUCGCUUGAUAACAAGUACCUCCGACGGGAUAACUGGGGACUUUAUGUCAGUGGACAUGAAUCCGACCAAAGUGGCUGGGGACUUGGUGCAACCGGAUUUGUUGUACUUCUGGGACGCUACAGCCAACUCCAUACGGUGGUUGCGCGUCCAAGGCAGCGAGGAUAACUGGGAUAUGGUCCACAUGACUCAUAUUCUCUACGUCCCCUCAGUCAAUAUUAUGGCACCACAUUCCAUCACUUGGGGGUACGGCUCCAGCCAGGAGAAGCUGGUUGUUGGCUCCCUUUUCAACGAUCGUUCCGUCGUAGCAAUUACAAAGAAUGAUUCUGACUGCUCCCUCUCAUUCACAUCCGUCUCGCAGUCCCGGAGUCCUCUGGGCAGCUUGCAGAUUGUCAACAGCGCCAACCUCAUCGUGUGGACCGAGCCCGUAAGGGAGGCGACCUUCCUAGCGGAUUACUCCUCAGAUUACAGCUCUCAUCUACAAGCAUACAAAUUAUCCAAUGGCAAUGAAUCGACCUAUGUCAGUAGUACCUACGGCAAUAGUCUUUCCCGAUCGGUAAGACGAUUGACUGAUGCUAUCAAGUGUCUGAGCUUCUUUCGUAGUCGCAGGCUAGAUGCCAAUCUUGAAGGAGCCAUAGUUAAGAAGGACACGGAAUUUACGGACGUGACUUCCGGCCCGUCUACAGGCACGUCUCGGCUAAAGAAGAUGGAGAGUGUGAACGGAAAGGUGUUUCAUUCUAUAGGAUACUCUUCGAGAAAGCAGCGCAUUUUCUUUUCUGCGCCAGAAGAAGGUAGUGUGUACUCCAUAUCUCCAAGCUCCGAAACAUACAGCAUUGUGUUCCGAGCGAAGGAUAGAACCGACGUCACCAGUCUACUGCGUCCAAACCACAUCUACGUCGACCCUACCUCAGACUGCAUCUACUUCACGACUCUACCGGUACCGAACAUCACGACAGCCGCAGCCAGUUUGGCUUCAACAACUAAAAUCUCCACCACUGAAGCUAUACAGAGGCUCACGCAAAGGACUCCUUACGGGUGGCCCAGGCUGGACCACUCCGUCAGGUCCAACACAACGGAGACCCGCAGUCAGUGCGGAGAAACUGGGGCUUGCAGCGGAGCGACUAGCCGCUUGAUCACGUCAACCUUGUUAGACGGGGCUGCCGGCGGCACCAACUUGGCGAACAGCAUUUGGAUUUUGAGACCAAAGUUUUCCGCACGGUCCCUCAUGAUGUCGCCAGUUCCGUUCUAUACCAACCCCGAAGCCUACAUCAUCGAUAUCUACGGCACCGAGAAGUAUAUCGUCGCCAUAGAGAAGUCGAUAAGUAUUCACGCGCCUCUCACCAGGAACACUACCGGACACACUACUAACGGUCCAGCGACAACUAGGCAGCGGGUGACUAAACGGGGCGACCAGCGAUCUGUGCCAGUACUUGGAGAGGAUGAGAAAGAAAGUAGCCUGGCCAACGACGAUGAAAUCUGGGUCCAGGAUGUCAAGUACAGGAUCAUCAAACUGGAAGUGCUACCGUUUUCUCCGGCUAUAUUUGACGAUCACAUCACUAGCAAGACCCCUGAAGAAGUGGACGUACUCAUAGACUGGACCUCCCAGUCUCCCAACGUCAUUUUCGCCCCACUUCAAGAAGACGGGUUCUUUGGCACUGGCGAAAACUCAAGUAACGGCGACCAAACCGUCAACCGCUCUGUGGUGGGCUGGAUCGCCAUUGGGAUCCUUACGGUGCACCUUUGCUUAGCUACAGUAUACAACUUUAAAGUUUCUCACCAGCCGGACGCGGUCAACCGGACGCGGUCAGCCGGACGCGGUCAACCGGACGCGGUCAAUCGCAACGUCGGCAAACCUCUGAAUUUGGGGCUUGAUAAAACUGGGGAAACGCGUGUGUGCACGCGAUUUAAACUGGCUGGAUGGUACUCUAUUGUCCACAAAUGCGCCCUUUGGACGGCACAAAUGUUUCUUAAACACCUUGUUGUGAAGUCAAUUUUAGAAGCAUUACAAACCGAAUAUAUCGGCGGCUAUACAUUCGACUUUGACUUGUAA